UGGAAAUGCUACAGCAUGUUUCCUUUACAAGGACCCAUCAAGCCAACUGCCAGGAGAAAUAACACCUCAGCAUGUGCAGAGGUUCCUGUUGGCCCAGCUACAGGACGAGAACAAAACCCUUCAGGUUUGCCUAAAAACACAUCAGUGUCUGUGAUUCCCUCCAGCUCUGUGUUGGAGGGCAGUUCAGUGACUCUGAUCUGCAGCAGUGAUGCAAAUCCAGCAGUGUUGAACUACACCUGGUCCAGAGAGAGUGAAGGACAGUUGGAGCAGCUGCAGACUGGACACACUCUUACCUUCAAUAGGACCGACCUGAAACACAGAGGCUGGUACCACUGUACAGCUCAGAACCAGCUCAUGUCUUUUGACCAGCAGAGGGCAGCAUUAUGAGCACAUUAUCCACAGAGACUGUCAGUCGUUGCUCAUGUAAAACUGUAGUUGAAAUUUAAGUGAUUUAGGUUUUUUUAUACAUUGAUAAUAUUGUUUAUUAUUUACUACAUUACAUCACCAGACUUUCUUCCCUCUCCCUUCUCAUACAUCUAUAAAACG